AUGGGCGGGAGACAUGCCCUUUCUUCUGAUAUAUUGAGAUCCUCUGUCUCUACAGUUCAGUGCAAAACCGGAUGUUCCAUGAGUCUCCCAGAAUAUAUCCAUGUAUGGUCCCGCAUGGGAGAUGCCGGCAGCUUACAAGCCAAACUCAUGAGUCUGUGUGAAAAUCCUGUCCACCUUACAGACAAAGCGACCUUUGUCAAGCCAUGGUCGUUACCUAGAAGUCACCCGCUAUGGUUGGCAACAAAGACUCCCUUCUGGUCGGAGCUCUACGCUGGAAGCCUGGUCGCCUGGCCUACCAGCAGAUACGUCUUUGAGUUGUGGAUUCCACUCAUUCCCGUCUGGCAAAUGAAUCAAUGGAACAUGUUUAAAGUACAGUCAUUUGGCCUUGAAUGCAAUUCUUGGACUGUGUGGCCACAAGUGAUGGCUGGUAUCGGCAGGUCUCCCAUGUUCAUUGAUCUACUAGGAAGACCAUCGCAUCCCAUGAUCAUGUCGAGCUGUACAAGACUACAGAUGGGCUCACUGAGCAAGGAACCAUUCUGA